AUGGGGAGCCUCCGGAUGCUGCUGGAUAGGCAGACAACAGAACGGCCCCGAGUAGCGGUCGAGCGGGCAGACGAGGCGCGGCGUUACCUCGAUUUGCUGCAGCAGCAGCAGCGGCAGCAGCAGCAAUAUCAGCAGGAACGGCAGCGUCGGCAGCAGCAGCAACAGCAGGAGCAACAGCGGCAGCGACAGCAGCAGCAACAGCAACAGCAGCAGCUACAGCAGCAGCAGCAGCAACAGCAGCAGCAGCAGCAGCAGCAGCAGCAGCGAGGGGGACAGCAAGGGGAGCAGAAGCGAGAGGAGCAGCAGCAGCAACGACAGCAGCUGGAGGAAGAGCGAAGACGGGAGCAGCAGCAGAAGCAACAGCAGCGUCUGCAGCGGCAGCUGCAGUUGCACCAGCAGCGGCAUGCGACGGCGCAGCAGCAGCAACAGCGACUGCAGGACCAACAGCAGCUGGAAGAGCAGCGGGAUCAGCAGUUGCUACAGCAACAAGAACGCCUGCAGCAGCAGCGGCUGCAGCUUGAAGAGAGACGGCGGCGGCUGCUGGAAUUGAGGCGGCUGCACAGGCAGCAGCAGGAGCUGGCGGAGCAGCGGCGGCAGAGGCAGCAAAAUCCAGGGCAGCAGCUGCAGUUGCAGCAGCAACUGAACGAGCAGCAGCAGUUCGCCUACAGCGAAUCUCUGCAAGAGCGGGAUGCUGUGCCUCAGGGCGCGCAGCGGCAGCACCAUCUGCAGCGGCUGCAGCAGCAGCAACUGCAGCACCAGCAGUUGCUGCAGCAGCAGCUGCACCAGCAGCUUCAGGAGCAACAAGAACUGCAGCAGAGAGUGCAGCACUUCAGAAGCUCACGAGAGCGUUCUAUCGCCGAGCUGGAGCUCCAGCUGAGGCAAAGGCUGGAGGAGAAAAGAAGCAGGCGACGGGAGCUGCAGCAGCAGCAGCAGGAAGAGCAGCAGCUGCAGCGGCAGCAGCAGCUGCUACAGCAGCACCUACUUCUGCAGCUCCAGCAGCUCCAGCAGCAGAAACACUUGUUGCAAGGGCAGAAGGAGCAGGAAAUGAGAAUGCAGCAGCAGCAGCAGAAAGUCCCGGUGCAGCAGCAGCAGCAGCAAGGCGUGACCGCAGAGGUGGCGAUUUUGAGAGCGCUGCUGCAGCGCCAGCUGGAGCAAAGAUUUCAGGAGCAAAAAAAGCAGCAGCAGCUGCAGGCUGUGCAGAAGGAGGCGCAGUGCCAGGAGGAGGAGCAGCAGCAGAACGAGGAGCAGCAGCAGCAGCCGAAGCAGCCUACUCUGCAGGACAAAAUAGACCAUCUGGUGCAGCAGCGCGUGCUGCAGCAAAUGGUGCUGCCUAAAGAGACCCUUAAUUGCAGCAGCAUUACUUCUCGCUUUCGCCUUCGAAAUCACAUUUCUAUGACAGAAGAUCUGCAGCGAGUGGGCGCGUACCAGCAGGCCCUGAAGAUGUACUUCGGGGGGGCUUUUUGGGGGCCCCUGGGGAGCCUCUGGGACCCCUCAAGGGGCCUCUGCGGAGGCCCCAGGGGCCCCCUUGUCAUUGAGAUUGGGACGGGGCCCUUUGCACUGCUCUCUGUAAAUGCUGCGCGGGAGGGAGCCCGUCGAGUUCUGGCUUUUGAGGCGGAGAGGAAAAGCUGCAGCAGCGCCUGCAGCUUUGUUAAGGCAUUGGGGUAUGAAAAGCAGAUUUCGGUGGUGUGUAUGUACACCACAGACAUUUUGCCCGACCAGCUAGCUCGCUUCCUCAUGCCCAAGCAGCAGCAGCUGCAGCUACACACGCACACAGGAGGCAUUCUGAAAAGGCCCAGGGACUGCAGCAGAAACACGACAACAGGAACCGCAGAAACAGCAGCAGGAGCAGCAGCAGCGGCAAGCACUGAAGAGCCACUCGAAGAUCUGUCUCAAGUGCUUCUGCUGCACGAGAUCAUAGGGGACUUCGCAGGCAAUGAGGGCGCAGCAGACGUGGUGCUGCACUUGCAGCAGAUGCUGCGUUUGCUGCAGCUGCAGCAGGGAGUACUUACACCGCGGCUGCCCCGGUCUAUCCCCUUAGCAGCAAGGACUCUUAUUCGGCCUUGCUGUUUCCCCGAGCAGCAGCACCUGCCAUUCCCCCACCACACCUAUACCCAGCGCAGCCGAGUUUCCCCUCGGCGCAGGCUGCUGCAGGCAGUGGGGUUGCUGCAGCAGCCGCUGCUGCUCGCGCGCUCAGCAGCUGCAGUAGAAGUGCUGCAAGGGCUGACAAGAAAUAGCAGCACGCGAGAGCUGCAGCAAGAGCUGCAACUGCCGAAAUGGCUACAGCAGAAGAAUAUGGAGCUGCACGAUGCAGCAACAGAAAGCGUAGCCGCUACGCCUCUGAUAGACGGACAUAAAGCACUUGAGAUUCUUCAGUCAAAGGCCAAGCAAGACGCGGCAGAAGCAGAAGCAGCAGCAGGCAGCAAAGGCGGUCUGCGUCCCGUCUUCGAGGAGUUGCUGUUUGAAGAGCCAAUGGAGCAGCAGCAGCAGCAAAGAAGACGCUUGCAGUUUGUUGCGGAGAGGGACGGGCUGCUUGCUGGUCUCUGCAUUACAAACGAAGUGGAGCUAGCACCAGGUGUGUUCGUGGGCACGGAAACCUGCCGCAGCAGCUACACGGCGGACCCCCUAGCUGCCUUGUCUGUACAUGGAACUUCUUGCUGGUUUAAGGCCAUUGCGCUGCUGCCUGAAGAAACUCCCGUCAAGAAAGGAGAUAGGAUUGACGUAUUUUCUUUUGUGGACCUGCAGAAUUUCUCGUCGGGGACAUCUGGGCUUUCGGGUCAGAAGAUUCAGAAUGGCCAAGAAAACCCAAGCCGCAGCAGAAGCCGUUCAACUGCAAGCCGGUGGAUGAGCCGCUGCAGCAGCAACAACAGAGCCAGGAAUGGCAGCAAGUUCCGACAAGGCAGCAGCACCAUGAAGAGCCGCAUCAACGCCAACAGCAACAGCAUGAGCAGCAGCGAGGUCAAGCGUGCACGCUCCCUCUCUCCUGAAUGCCUAAGCAGCAGCGCACACAACACAAGAGCCGCUAAAUCCAGAAAUGAGGAUAACUUGUCGAAUCACAAAGCGGCGAAAGGCAAAAAUUGUCUUUCCGACGACGCGGAUGCAGCAGAGAUGGAAGUUGCAUUACCUAAACGCAGUAGCACCAGCAGUAGCAAAAAAAGCCUGAAGGCAGAGGGAGACGACCUUAAAGACUCAAACAGGACAGAGAACGAAAAGGCAGAAAAAGUCACAGAUAAGCUCUCCUUUGGCGAUGCCAGCAGCAGCAACAGCAGCGGCAACAGCUUUUACAGCAGCCGCGCGGUACGUCUCCGGAGAACUUGUCACAAAGCGACGAUCCACAUUCCAUUCCAAUCACAGCCAAAGAAAGAGUCAGCUAGAGGGCGCAGCAGCAGCAAACAAACACCGAGCCCGCAGGAAAGCAGCAGCAACAACAAAAGCUGCAACAGCGCGUCACCGCGUGCUGCGGUUGAUGAGGUGCGUGAGUCGACAGCUGAGAUGCAGCGUAGGAGCAGCAGCGGCAAAGGUAUUCGGACGAGCACCUGCGACAGCGUGAGCAACGAAAAGGCAAACAGCAACGCAGAUAAAUUCAACAGCAGCAGCAGCGGCGGCAAUGGUAGCAGCAGCAGUAACUUUAGCCGAAGUAAGAGAAUGCUAGGGUCUGCGAGCAAAAGCGAGAGGAUAAAGCAGCGCCGCGAUGCGUCUGAGAAGACAGACGCGAGUUCAGCGUCCAGCCCAAAAGCUAAUUCUUCCCUGGCCUCCGCUGAUGUUGCUGCUGCUGCAUCCACAUUUCGAAGCCGUCAGGAGCCUCGUGAGGGCGCAGAAAAAGCCGCAACUAACGAAAUAGAGAUUGAGCACCUCUCGAAGCUGCUGCAGCAGACGGGGCGGUACUCGAGGCCUCGAUACAGAUUUAGUAUUCAUGUGUUGAGGGGGGCUGAGAUGGUGACGGGGGUAUCCGUCGAUGUGCCCAUAGAGGAGCAGUGCCCUCUGGCUCCCCUGGAGCCGGGCAGCAGCGUCAGGCCCUAA